GCACGUUGGGCAAUUGUGGUUUCCUCCCAGCUCAAAGUACCCAGGCGUGCCAGCCCGGCCCUUGGACGACCCGUGGCGGGCAGGGAAGGUGGCGGGGGUGGGGGAGUCGUCUCAUCUAUGACAGGCAUGGAGGAGAUGACAGUACGUCCCUCGGUGUUCGUGGUGGACGGGCAGACGGACAUUCCAUUCACCAGGCUGGGACGAAGCCGCCGGAGACAGCCGUGCAGCGCGGCCCGCGUGGGCCUGGGGCUGCUGCUCUUACUGCUGGGGAGCGGGCUGGCCGUGCAGGGCUGGUUCCUCCUGCAGCUGCACCAGCGCCUGGGAGAAUUGGGCAUGCGCUUGCCGGACCAAGACACGGGCUCCUGGGAGCAGCUCAUCCAAGAACACAGAUCGCACAAGGCCAGCCCAGCGGCACACCUGACAGGGGCCAACUCCAGCUUGGCAAGCACAGGAGGUCCCCUACUGUGGGAGACGCAGCUGGGGCUGGCGUUCCUCAGAGGUCUCAGCUACCACGACGGGGCCCUGGUGACCACGCAAGCUGGCUAUUAUUACAUCUACUCCAAGGUGCAGCUGGGCGGCGUGGGCUGCCCGCAGGGACUCUCCAUGGACCGGCCCGUGACGCACGGACUCUACAAGCGCACGUCUCGCUACCCAGAGGAGCUGGAGCUGCUGGUCAGCCGGCGGUCACCCUGCAGGCGGACAGCCAGCCCCCGCGUGUGGUGGGACAGCAGCUUCCUGGGCGGCGUGGUGCACCUGGAGGCCGGCGAGGAGGUGGUGGUGCGCGUGCUGGAGGAGCAGCUGGUGCACCUGCGGGACGGAACCCGCUCCUACUUUGGUGCCUUCAUGGUGUGAGGAGUGCGACUCGCUGAGACCCCAGGGAGGGGCCCAGCCCAGGGACGACAGGCACUUUGGGAAGACGAAAGACACGACAGGUGGUCUAUAGUCACAACCCCCCAGCCCCGGCCCCAGAGACUUUGGGGGGUAGGGACCUCUGUGACUCCUUAGGCAUGGGGGUCCAGCUAGCUGGUUUUCCUGACAUUCAGGAGGAAGGGACACGGGAUGGGUAUUUAUGCAUUUUCCCUGGACAAGAAUGAGACUGUGUGGGUGGGGUCGAGGGCUCCAGGUGGAGAGCUUACUGCCAGUGUCAUGCCCCCCACCAGCACUCAAAGACCUGUAUGUAGGGUUCGCCAGUCACUGCAGUGUAGACA